CGACUCAAGCCCGGGUCACGUCUGCAUACUUACCCACCAGAGCGUCAAGUGCGGCACCGCGUGCUGUAUCCGGAUGUGGCCUUGCAGUACGGCCGUCUGCUCUGCUGGUCUUUCCGCUCCCUAGCUGCAUUUGUCUCUGUUUCUCUGCCACCGGUGGCACCUGCCCGCCAUGAACACACGAGCGCCUUCCCCGCCUACGCCUGCGCCUGCGUCGUCGGCCCGCCCCAAGAACUCGACGUCGACCAUCACGUCCGCACAUGCAGCCAGCAGCUCGCAGCAGCCCCAGACCAUGCCCUCCAGCAGCUCCAAGGCCCGGGCGGCCACGCCGGCCGCCAGCCGGGCCGCCGUGAAGGGCGCUGAGAACGACCGGCCAGGCUCGCGGCCCGCCAGCAAGGACAGCCUCAAGCAGAAGAUGGUGAAGAAGGCAGAGGAAGCUCCCCGGCCGAGCAAGUCGGACGAGCAACUGAGGGCGCUGCGGUCCGAGUUCGACAGCCUGCGAGCACACCUCACCUGCAAAAUCUGCGAUCGACUGCUCUACCAGCCCUACAUCAUAUCGUGCGGGCACACCUACUGCUACAGCUGCCUGUGCACCUGGUUCGUGAACAACAAGAGCCGCAAGACAUGUCCGGACUGUCGAACGGUGGUGACGCAGCCGCCCGCUCCCGCUUAUGUUAUCCGCGAGAUGGCCGCCGUCGUCAUCAGCCGAGCCGAACUGUUGCCCUCCGGCGAGACGACAGAGCAGCACGCGAAAUGGCAGAAGGAGGAGGCCGAUGCAGUCCAGCAAGACAAAGACAACACGGAUCCUCGUACCGGCGGCCUCUUCAAGGGCUGCUUCAGAACCCCCCACGCACGCGGACCUUCGCUCCAAGUCAUCCGCGAUCAGGAAGACGGCGUCGAGCGGUGUCCGGUCUGCUCCUGGGAGCUCGAGGACGGUGAAUGCGUCCAGUGCGGGCUGUUCUUCGACGACAAUGGCGAGUUGACGUGGGGCGAUAGCUUCAACGGCUUCAGCGACAUGGACGAAAUGUCCGAGCGUGACUUGUCCGGCGAAGACCUCGAUGCCGAGAUGGACAUGGAAGAUGGAGACUUCGACGGCUAUGGCGGACCGCCAGACGGCUGGCAGGACUACUUCCCUGGUGAAGACAACUACAUGAUGCAGCGGUUCCUCGAGCACGGCAUCCCUCAGCAAGCUGCCUUCGCGCGUCGCCGACCAAUGACCCAUAGCGAGGCUGGUAGUCGGCGUUCAUACUCCCAGAGCAUCGUCUCGGACAUGUACACCGACGAGAUGGACACCGUUGAAGAAGAAGACGAGGAAGGCCUCGAUGAGGACUCUUCCAUGAACGACUUCAUUGACGACGGAGGGUCCGAGUCGGCGAGCGCAUCGUCCACCGCUAGCCAGACUCCGCAGCCCUCAAGUGCCCGAGCUAGGCUUCAGGGGCGGCCUCGCCGGAUUGUUGAAUCUGAAACCUCUUCUACUAUUUCCAGCGUCAUCGAAGAAGAAGACGAGGAAGAUCAAGGACCCAUCCGAAGAGGCCAGAGGAAUCGUGCACAGGCGCGGAUUCUGAAUCGCGCCAACGGCUCUAGGGAAGCAAGCGGGCCACCAUCAUCGACUUCCACCGAUGUAUCUACAGACGAGCUCGACGAGGAUACGCAGGCAUUGCUGCGGUCGGAGGGUUGGAUGCUCCAGCAUGACGAGCCUGAUAACGGGAUGGGCGAUGAUGAUAGCGAUGGAGGGCGAACGACUGUUGGGUGGGACGAGCCUGCGAUUUCCAAUGACAGACUCCGAAUGGGCGGUUCUCUGACACCUACUGCAGAUCGACCGCGACCUAAUGCUACGAUCCGCCCGCCCUCCCGAGUAGGCAACCCCCUCCGACGACAAGCCUCCAUACUCUCUACCUCCACAGUCAGCUACGAGGAUGGAGAGGCCGACGAUGACGACUCCGAUAUAGAUCACGACGGAGACAUCACUAUGGCAAUGAAUUCCUUACGAAACCGCCGUUCUCGAGCGCAAAUGCGCAACGCCGCAGCUUUCAGCAACUUCAAUGGCCGAUUCGCUACUCGCGGGCUAUCCCAAGGUGACCCGAUCGAUUUGGAUGCUGAUGACAACUCAGACACAUCGCAACCCGGAAAUGGGCGUCCGCCGGGGCAUCAAGGGUAUAAUCCGCGUAUCAGUAGGCUUUUCGCAGAUCACCAGCGCACGCUUCAAGAGCUCCAGGGGGGAAGAGGUCUCAUGGAUUUGGAGCCCCGUUCAACCACGCCAAUUGCGCGUCCGAGGACGGCAAACCGCAAUCGACCAAGCCCAGCUCAGGCCUUCUCUCCAUUCAUGCCCCCGCCGACCCGAUUGCGAACGCCGCAGAUGAAUGGUUCCUCAAACCCUGUGAACGCUACGCGUACACCAACUUCUCCGCCUAGAAGAGCGAUCCACACGCAAAAUCGGUCUGAAGUAACAGGCGCAGAUGCCGCUACCAGCAUUCACCGUCCCUCUUCUAUUUCUUCAAGCAGCAACGUUUCCGCUGUUUUGACACCCGGAACCUCUUCUCCCGCCUUGCAACAAUCUGUCAACUCAAUCGCCGAGGCCCAAGCAGCGGCCGCCAUGGAUGCCGUAGACCGUCCGCCCAGCCGAGUAAGCGCCCGCCCUCCUUCCGCAGCGGGCCGACGAAAUCCAGCAGCGUUUUCUCCAGUGUAUCCCGUCUUUCCCCAUAACAAUGUUGGCUUGAACAUUCAGGGCCGCAUUUUCCCAAAUCAGGCGGGGAACCCCUGGGGUGCCUUUGUGCAGCCAAGGGGUAUUAGGAACCGGAACUCGCGUCAAGUACUGAGAGACCAGUCUUCAACGGCCACGCUGAGGGCUGCUAACUCCCGAGCCAAUAUUCGUGAAGGAGUGAGCUCGCCGCAAGGAAUCAGGCCACAGGCGUCCCGGGUGGAGUUGCGACCUCAGCCGUCCCGCCGUCGUCUAAACAACCAAGCUUCUACACGCACUCUUCGGGCAAGCGAACCUGCUCGGCCACCUCAGUCACCCAUAGCAAAUACCGCGGCUACUGCGCAACCUGCCGCCCGCGCGACUAGACUUACACCGGACGAACGCGAUAGUCUCGCCCGAGCGCUUAUCAACGACAGAAUGCGCGCUCUGGGGCAGCCUGGAGCGGCUCCUGCACGCGCGAACAAUCCGUUUGCCCCAGGAUUUAGGCGUUCCAGUAAUCCAUCGGAAAUUUCAAUGGCGACGGCGUCCGCUCCCGCCCCGCAGCACACACGAACCAACUCCAAUGAAUCCAUCAACUCGACCACCUCAUCACACACCGUUCAGAUUGCGCCUUCAUCACCAGGUCUCACUCGACGGCGCAGCAACCGGCAUAUCGCGGCGACCCCACCCGGAGUGCUUGCUCCUGCCCAGGGGGCUUACUCGUCCCCCGCGACUGCGUACACCAACAACUAUUUCCGAGGACGGCAGAACUCAUUUGGUGGAGGCAACCCCGCUUUUGACUCGCCAUUGGAUGUCAACGCUAGAGGGAUGAGUCCGAUGAUGGCAGGCCCGCUCAUUUAGACACCGGAGGAAGAAGUAUCGAAACAGUCAGCAGCGGACGGCCGCUCUCUGGUAUGCCUCGGUAACCUGUUUUCUAGUUUCAUUUGUUCUGGUUGGCUCGGGGGUUAGGGUUACUUCUGGGCGGAUUUGCAUCAGGCAUUCACGAGCGUAUAUGAUUAUGAGCCCGCGUCCACGCAUGGCAGCAAAAUGGUUGGGUUCUUGGGCAUUUUCAGUGGCGUCCUUCUUUUUGACACCUAUACCAGUGGGCAUGGAGCAUUCGGCAUAUUUAGUGUAGUCAAGUCCAUCUUAGCGGGCGUUUGGGAAUACCAAGCUUGUUUUUAGGGACUCCUAGUUUCUGUAUAUGUGUUUUGCCCGGCGUGAGAGCUUCAGCGACCUUUCC